AUUCAUCUUAACAGCGUGAUUUACUAACUAGACCGGGGAUCUGAGUCGUCACCAUGACAGAGGAUCAAGAUCUCAUGGCCAAGAUCAGCCAGCUUGCUGGCCAGAUCAACCGACACAAAAACCAGCAACCGCACUCUGACUCCCCCUAUACCAGCGAAAUCCCUGCCGGCCAGUAUGCAUCGCGACAUGUGCCCGCGCGAGGACGCGGGUGGGCGCCGUAUCGCGGCCGACAGUAUCCCCGCGGGCGUGCAGUCGCUGCCCCCCACCGCCACCGAACGCUUAUCCUCAACAACACCACGACAUCGGGGACACCGGGGUCCACGCCCUCAGCAGGCGCCGGGACAGACACUGAAGGUGAAACCAACAACAAAUGGGUGGCGAAGCGCGAUCGACACAUGCAGCUGAUCAACUCCGCCAUCUACGACAAAGAGGCCCAGUCGCGCGCCAAGGCUAUGGAGGAGAGCCGCAAGGCCAAGUCGCAGAAGAAGGCGCAGAUCGAGCAGGCCAGAGUGCUCCGCUACGCCCAGGGCCAUGGUCGCAUGUACCAGCCCACGCCGGGCUUCGCCGCUCCGCCACCAUCCGUGGCUACUACCGCGGUGGCCGCCGGCGACCCGGCUGCUGCUGCUGCUGCUGCGGAAUACCAGGUCUUGGUCAAUGAGGUGCCCUUCCGAGUUGCGCGCGGCGGGAGCAAGCUGAUUAGAGUGUCUGAUGAUCCGAAUACCGCCAAUAAUACGCCCAAGCGAGUCACGAUCGCCGGCGUGGUCUUCGUGCGCAGUAAGAACGGCAAUCUGCAUCGUCUCGGUGCCGUUACGUCUAAGAGGAAGCCGAUGGCGGUUAAGAAGAAGGACGCUCUUUGCCAGCGUUUCACUACGACGGGCAGUUGCUACAAAGGACCGUUGUGUCCGUACGCCCACGAUCCCAACAAAGUCGCCAUCUGCAAAGACUUUCUCCAGACUGGUAACUGCAACUCAGGUAUGAGUUGCGAUCUAUCCCAUGAGCCUUCGCCCCACCGAUCCCCUGCCUGUGUGCAUUUUCUUCGCGGCCGCUGCUCGAACCCAGAGUGUCGCUACGCCCAUGUCCGGGUGACACCUGGCGCUCCUGUUUGCAGGGACUUUGCCAUCUUAGGGUACUGUGAGAAGGGCGCCGAAUGCGACCAACGACAUGUGCACGAGUGUCCGGACUACGCCAACACGGGCCUGUGCAAUAAGAAGAGUUGUCGACUGCCCCAUGUCGACCGCGCAGGGCAGAUCAGGAAGAACGCCGCCGCCACCACCAACAGCGAGGUCGCAAUGGGCGAUGACGCUGAUGAGGAGUCCGACGCGUCCAGCGAUGACGAAGAAUACGACGAGAUUGAUUCGGAUGACGUCGACUCCGACGAUCUGGAGGACGACGAGCCGGAGCUCAUCACCGCCGGGGCUGACGUUGGAGACCUCGCGCGGCAGCAGGACUUCGUCCCCCUCUAAUUGUAUCCUGCCCACUAACUCCGUAGCACUUUGUAAUUGACAUUUGGCUGGGGUUGUAUGGAUUUGGAUAGGACCACCGGCAGAAUCUGAAACAAGAGAAAAGCGAAAGAGAACAAGGAAUACUUCAAAUGAUUAGUUGCUGCUUUGGAUUUGAUAUUUUCUUAUGCUUCAUGGACUGUCGUGUACCAGUUGCUGGCAAGAUACCCGAUACCCCC